AUGCUAAGAUCUGCCAAAAGUGUUGUGGGUGCUCUUCGUUCUCAUCGACCAUCGCCGCAGAUGGCAUUGCCGCACCUUAACGGGUCUGCGUUUAGCGACUCACGACGACAUGCGUCCCACACCAUCACGAGCUUGAAACGAUGGUCUAUCGCUGGGAAGGAAAUUCCUGCUGCUUCGCAGAUAAAAACAAUCCACGUCUAUGACUUUGAUAAUACAUUGUUCUGCAGUCCGUUACCCAAUCCGCAAUUAUGGAACGGAUCAACAAUAGGUUUUCUCCAGACCUACGAAAGCUUUGCAGGAGGCGGUUGGUGGCACGACCAAAAUAUUCUAUGUGCUACCGGCGAAGGUGCCGAUGUGGAAGAGACCCGAGCCUGGCAAGGGUGGUGGAACGAAAGUGUAGUACAAUUGGUCGAGCUGAGUAUGAAGCAAAAGGACGCUCUGACCGUUCUUCUUACUGGCCGAGGCGAGGCAAACUUUGCAGACAUUGUUAAGCGAAUCAUCGCAAGCAGGAAGCUGGAAUUCGAUCUGGUCUGCUUGAAACCGGAGGUCGGGCCGAACGGUCAACAGUUUUCGACAACUAUGUCAUUCAAGCAAUCAUUUCUCGAGAGCCUGAUUGUCACUUACAACCAAGCAGACGAGAUCCGUGUCUACGAGGACCGUAUUAAGCACGUUAAAGAGUUCCGUGACUAUUUUGAAAAAGUCAACCGAAUAUACUUUCAAGCUCCGAAUAGCAGGAAACCUAUUGUCGCUGAAGUCAUACAUAUUGCGGAAGGUACUCGUUAUCUUGACCCGGUCACCGAGGUGGCUGAGGUGCAGAAUCUGAUUAAUGCCCACAACAGCCGUUACCAUGACUCGCUGCGGAAUUUGACGAAAUCUUCCUAUGGGAGAUUGCAUAUUAAGCGCACUGUCUUCUACACGGGCUAUCUGAUUGGUAAUGUGGACUCCUCACGUCUAGUAUCCGAGGUGCUUCAGCCCGUAUUGCCUUCUGGGUUGGUAGACAGCGGGGAGUUCAAGUAUCUGGCUAAUAGUAUAUUAAUCACACCGCGUCCAGCAUCCCGAACAAUACUUGACAGGGUCGGUGGCAUUGGCAAGAAAAUCAGCUGGCAAAUCACCGGUAUUGGCCAUUGGGACCACAAACUGUGGGCAGCACGUGUGCAACCCGUUCCUGCGAAUGAAACCAUCUAUACCGAGAAUCAGGUACCUAUGAUUGUGCUUGGGCUCUGUAAGGGUGCUCGUCCUGUGGAUUCAGCUCGAAUCCAAAACUGGCAACCCGUUGCAGCCGACAAGGCCCUUGUUGUCGAGACUACCGUAGGCGAAAGAGUCAAUUUACGGGUCGAAGAAAAAGACCUUAACGAGGGCGAAUGGGAGAGCCAAUUUGCGAACAAAAAUAAUAAAAGACGUCGCCCGCACGGUCGCAUGGAUGACGAUAACACAAAUUCUGCGAGGGAUUUUCGGGGUGCUAAUACUUUCCAGGCGCUUUCCGAACACGGCUCCCACGGUCGUUCUCAGCAACAAGGGGGCCGUAAUCAGAACGAGAGUCAUCAUCGAAGCCGUGGAAGAGGCGGCCGUAGCUCUGGGUCUGGUCGUGGAAGAGGUAACCCAUCGCGCGGCGGGGGACGUCGUGGUCGCGGCGGCAAUGCUGGGGGAUCCGGCAAUGGGCCAGGAGGUUAUCGCUCUCUUGAUGACCAACAAAUGGGCGGUGAUGGUGCAUAUGAUAGCCACAACGGCCAGGGGAACCCCGGCGGCGGUAUACCACUGAACUACUGA